CUGUAAGAUGUAGUCUGUCUCACGUGGAUAUCGUGUUGUGUGAGAGGAGAUGGGCGUCUCGAUACAUUUGCAUUGUCUUUCGGUUUGCAUGUAAUCUAUUUAAAUAAGCGGCACAGGAAAUGGGGACACUUGCUUUAGAGAGCCUUAAUGUGAGAUUUUUCUUUUAGUAAAAAGUAAAGUAGAUUUAAGAGUGAAGUUACCAAGUCAGCACAUGUGAAUUGAAUGUUUUAACACGUAAAAUGUCCCAAACCUGAUAUGUCAAUCUAUUGCAUGGGAAAUGUUUCACAUGUGAUAAUCCACAUGCUGAAAUAUCAAUUUAAUCACACCUGAGAUGUGAUUCACAUGCAAUAUAAAGUUAGAAGUUGGUGUUUUUAUCUGUUUUACCCCAGCUGGCACAGGACAUCUAUAUGACGUCAGAAAGAUUUUGGACUCUUUCAUCAGACAGGUGUUAAAGUUUGGUUGGAAUGAAAAUCAGGUUGACGAUAUUGAAAUUUCUAACGUUAGAAUUUCACAUUGUGUGAACCUUGACGUUAUGACAUUUUCAGACAUUUGGUUUUGUUCUUCAUACCUCACAACUAAAUGUCGUUAUUCUUCGUCAACGUGACAUUGGCGCGAGAUGUUUGGAAGAUGUUGGAUUUUGGUUACUAUACCAACACAACUUAAAAUCAAGAAUAUAUCAUCUGUCAGUACUCUGUCAAAUUGACGUUGGCAUUAUUGAACUGAUGUUGAAUUUUGGUCAACUGACAUGCAACCAAACAUCAGCAUUUAAUGACAUCCAUUGUCAGCUGAGACAUUUAAAGCGUGAAAUAUCUGAAUAUCAUGUAGCUAAAUGUUGUAAAUUCAUCACAUUUGAAAAACUGUUUUGCAUGUGACUAGCCCCAUGUGCUUAAAUGUGAUUUUAUCACAUCUGAACAGGGGUGGAUUAUCAGCUAGUGGGCCCCUGGGCACAGAUAUGCAAAAGCCCACCCCACCACCUCUCCGACAAAGGAGCAGGACAGACACACUUUAGAAUGUUGUUCCAUAGCACCUCCUUCCAAUGACAUCACACACAUCGUGAAAGACGACCAGCGAUGAGUGAUUGUGGACCAUCUUUCGUGUCUGCUGGCCAAGUCACUGCAAGGACACCUGCAUACUGAUGUGAUGUCUGAGAGCUACGGCAGCUGCCCAUUGGAGCAAUACACCUACUGUGGCAUCAUAUAGAAGGACAUCAUGUAAAUUAACAGCAGUGAGGAUGAAUUGAAUCAGCGUGACAAGGGAAGAGCCAACCAGUACUGUUGGGUGAGAACUGAUGGGCUGUCCAAGCUAGCAAUGCCAACUGCAAAAGAUAAAGGUGGUUCAACGUCCCACCGCUGUCGGUCUGCCUCAGAUUAUGAUGAUGCCACCCUCACCCAGAAGAGAGAAUACUGGAGAACCAAGAAACGAGAGCAGAGGGCCCGACUGACGGAGCGUAGAGGAAAGUCAACACAAGACAGUGGAGGGGAAAAGCGACAUCUACAUGCCCCUGCAGUGUUGAAUUCCACUUUAUCCGACUCGUUUCCUGCUUUCUCUACUCCUCUGCAGAGUAAUGAUGAGUCACACAAAACAGUCAAUAUCUCUCUUGCAUCACAGAGUGGAAAAACAAUGGGGGACAGCUCAGCUGACGCCGCCGAAAGCCAAAAGGAGAAGUGGCUUCAUACAGCGAAACUCAACAAGGUCUUGCCUCAGUUGCCAGCAUCAUGUUCCAUCUCAGUCAAAGCUGCUAGGGGCGACACAGCCACAGUGAAAUCCCUUACAGCAAAGGGUGCUGUGAGCAGAGCCGUUACCUCACCCACAACCAGUGGAACCCAGCUAAACACCUGUUCCUCAGUGCCUCCAGUCAGAGUGACCACAACUACAAAUGGCAGCUCCACUAAAACAGCACCUCAGCCAUGUGUGUCUAUGCAGGGUGCAUCAGGCCCCAAAAUGCGCCAUAAGGCACAAGUUGCAUCACGCAUUCAGCCCAAACCCCAACCCACCAAUGUGAGCACAGGUAUGACUCUUGUGUCGUCUCCAUGUGUCCCCAUCUCUAUUAAAACAGAGGGCAAAACAGCAACACCUCAAAGUGGAACAAAGAGUGCCUUGGUCACCUUGCGGAGGGCUAAAGGUGUUCGCAGCCCACAGCCUUCCCCGGACACAGAGGACGAGAAAGCAGCCAAGCGCAGAGAGAACUGGCGGAUCAAAAAGCGAGAGCAGAGGGCUAAGCUGGCAGCUCAGGUAGCUAAAGCCAGAGAGAGGACGCAGAGCGUGGAGCUGACAUUACAGAGGCAAACAGCACAAAAAACAGGACUUGUGGGCGACACCAUUCUGCAGCAUCUUCCAUCCCAGUCGUUUUUGAGAGGAGCGGGCCAGAGGCAGCAGGCCAGACCUUCAUUUACAUCCGCCAAAAGGGAAACUGAUAAACUUCAAAGUGGAGCAGCAAGUUUAACGACAAUUAACAUGCAAGCAGAUCAGGUAAAAGUACAAAAUCCACGUGGGAAUAGGCAGACAGCCAUCACAUGUGAUGUUAUGUCUGUGAGAAAGCCAGGGGAGUUACAGAGAAAGCUUCCAAAUUCUGUACACCUUUCUUACGUUUCCCGAGGGAUUGCACGAUGUAAAACGCCUAGACAGAGGCUCAUCGAAGCACAGAAAUUUUUCAUGAAUCAAAGAAACAUGAGAUGUAAAUCCCCUUUGCUUUCUUCAGUCUUUGGUACUAGAAAUAUCCCCCAAAUCGUCAUAUCCCCCAAUGACACACCUGAGCAGAUAAUUGCCAAACGGCGAGAGUACUGGCGGAUUAAAAAGCGUGAACAGCGAGCGAAGCUAUCAAUGGAAGUAAAGGCUCGGCUGAAGGAGAAGGACUCUCUCAUGCGACGAGUGAAACGGUACCAGAAAAUCCUCGAGGAGAUGAGGAGGGCCAGAGCGCUGGCUCAAUCAGGAGGGAGCACCCUCACCCACGCCUCAGAGACCAUUGGAGGGUUCAUCAAAGAGGAUGGGACAGUGACCAUUAACAUUCCCCAGGUUCCUACAGGGCACAACACAGCAGCACGCAAAAGUGAAGCAGAGUGUCAUGUAGUUUCGAAUAAUAACUCCAUCACCAAACCUCAGCAUCAACCUAACACUAAACGGAGAGCUAUUACACCCAUUCGUGUAACCCAGCCUCCACCCCCCCUCCGCCCAGCUCAGGUGAAAGUCUCUUUUCCUCUUGCUGGACAUUUGGCCAACAAGCCUCCAAGACUGCUGUCAAUCAGACCAAGGACUCAACCUGAAAGCACAACUGCUCCAAAUUCCCACAAAUUAGCAAUCCAGACACUUAGUCAGCUCACACUCACUCAUCCCCAGACCCCUCAAAAUGCUGUUUCUGGAGGAUCAGCAGCAGUGACAAACUUUGGUGGCUGUGUCAUGAAAAUGGCCGUCUCGAGUAGUGUGCCAUCGCUAUCAGCUCUCUCUUUGGAUCCAGAGUUGACCGAGGAGGAGAGGAUGGCUAAAAAGAGGGAGUACUGGAGGAUAAAGAAACGUGAGCAGCGAGCGUCUCGAGCUGCUCGACUAAAGCAGGGUGUCUUACAAGCGAGGGCCAGUGCCACCUUACAGAGGAGGAAGGCCCAGAGGCAAGCAGCAGUAACCAGUGUGCCACCAGGCGGAAGCCAUACAGGAAGUGCACAAUCUCUCCCCAACAGCAGUGCGCCUGCUACGCCACAUGCAAAUGAGAUAAAACACGAGAGUGAGUCUGUGCCAGAAGUUGACCUAAAUUCUCAACCAGAACAAGCCAUCUGUCCAGAUAUCAAACCCCCAACCUCUCCACCAACACCACCUCCAGCGCCUCAGCCGGAGCCUGACCCAGCUCUGAAUGCAGACAGCCAAGCUACCACUCUGCUAGCUGUGGCCUCGAUGAAGAAGCUCCUGGAAGAAUCGCUUAGCACAGUGACAGAGUAUAAAAGUGAACUGACUGAUGUUAAGAAAGAGACAACAGAAGAGGCCUCAGAAGACGACAUGACGCCAAAUUUACCUGAACUGAAUGAGGUGGCUCCUAUUGCUGCUGACUUGACAUUGGAGAUAAAAAGCUGGCAGCCAGACACUGAUGUCUUGGUACUAGAAAGUUCACCAAACCCUCACCUUAAGGACUCUCCCCAAAGUAGCGAGACACCUCCAUCUUCUCCCACAUCCAACCAGACAGUCCAGAUUCCCACCUGUGAGCACUCAUCCCAAACUCCUUCGAACUUCAUACUAAACCCUUACAUGGAAGCUUCACACAGCCCAUCUUCACCCCGCAGGACCCAGAGGCUUCACACCAGAAAAGCAGGCCAUCAAGACUGCUGCUCUACAGAGUCGCUACAUCACCUACCCAUGGAUCAACUACAGAAACCACAGUGUGAACAACAGUGUCAGGCAGAGAACAGCAACUUACCAUCAGCACAGAGAUAUCCCAGUGUGGUGACAGAGCACAGUGGUCUGAUCAGCCUGCAGAGGAAGAGGGAGUACUGGAAGCUGAUGAAGAGGCAGCAGAGGGCCAGGUUACGGGCCAGGCAGAAAGAAAGACAUGGAGAAUGUAGCAGUCGGCUUUCCAGCAGAAAUAUUCAGGCUCCAGGUCUCGUCAAUAUCAACACUGUUAAGGGUGUGAAUCCUCUAGAAAAACCAGCCCUUCAGCCCAAGCCACCCAUUGCUUCUCUGACUGCAGUGACCAGUAUCCCCACUGUCCUGGUUGUAAGCCCUUCAACAUGUACCGCUGAGGAGUCACCUGACACACUCCAGGUCAAACUACCUGUCACCAGUGUCUCCUGUUCAUCCAGAAGUGAGCAGAACAGCAUGAGCGUUGGGCCUUCACAGAUCAUAUCUGACUAUCAAGGAGCACACGAGAAUCAGCAACAAGCCACGCCAGAUUCACAAAAGUGGAUGUCUAGAAGCACAGAUGUAGACUCUGUCCCCUCCCUCCCUACUCUGACACCCCCAGACAACCCACUUUCCAGCAUCAACCUGCAACCCAUUGAACCCCCAUGUCAAAAUCUAAAUUCCGACCUCAGUCCAAUAAAAAUGCCUUAUGCUCAACUUCAGAGCCCUACACAUAUGACACAAUCUCCCCCCAAGCUGGUCCCUGUAACCACCAUGGUCCCACCGAAGCCCAUCCCAGGGGAGUGUGAGGAGGACUUUCUGAGGAGGAAGCGGGAGUACUGGAGGAUAAAAAAGAAGGAGCAGAGAGCGAGGAAGGCCAUUCAGGACAAGGGAACCAUCCCAAGGAGAGCAUCCAACAACUUGAGGCCUAUCCUUCCUGCCCAGGACGUACAAACACGGGAUUCUGAUCAGUGGGUCAGUCGGUCCUCUGAGGAGUCACAGCAUCUAAUGAGCACUUCAGAGGACACCGACCCGGGAACCUUUCCAUUCCCAAAUUUUGCAGCACAGGUGGAAGAUGAGACAGAGCUUCUGUUCACUGACUAUGAGAAUGCUAACGGCGAGGAAGGUCCUGUCUCAGAAGCUGUGUGGAGGAACCGCUACCUCAUGGACUAUGAUCCGCUCAACCAGCUGCUGGUGUGCAUGGUGUGCGGGGAGCUGCAGUACUCCCACAGCCUGGAGGGAGUGAGGGCCCACAUCGACGAGGCCCACCCGGAUACACUGACCCUGGAGCCCAGGGAGCAACAGCAAAUACUGGAGGCCUGGGACGAGCAGGUGUCCCAGCGGGAACGCUUCUUCACCAGCCAGCUACAGCAGCACAGCGAGGCCCUGGCAGAAGAACAGCGGGACUGAAGAGCAGAGGAGGACUGCAGGAGACAACUGAAGACCACGGAACCACACUUUAUUUGUCUUAUUUAUUUAUUGUAUUUUUUAAACAAAUUUGCUUACCUUCAUAGAAAGUCACCUUGAAGGAGAAUGCUGUAAAGGGAACAUUCACUCCAAAAACAGCUUUACCUCAUUUCCUACCAGGGUUGUAGUGUGGGCCUUUGAAAGUCAGUAUGGACAUUUUUUCUUUACAAUGAAGCCACCAGAACUGAGAUUUUGUAAUAAUAUUUAAAAUAUUUAAAGAAGAAGUCCAAUAUUCUGGGAAAUACAGUCUUUGUACUAAGCA